AUACGAUAUGUGAGUUGGAAAGCAUGGCAGAAUUAUGUUUACAGCAUCGACUUCAGACGAAUUGGGCAAUAUUGAUUGAAGUGCAGUAAAAAGUAGAAUCUGUGUCCAGAAACAAAGGUUAUGGUCUGUCAAUUUUCUUGAGAUGGAUCACACUGUAGUGCCCCAGAGAAGUGGGGUUAUAGAUGUACAAAACAUCUUGGAGAAAAGCAGAGUGGGUGCUGGUAAAGAAUAUGACUUGCUUAUAAGCCAUCUCACUAAAGCUGAUGUGGAACCUGCUCUGUUACUUGCAUGUCUCAGAGGGUUGCGAGAAUGUGUUUCAAUUCUUGGGAAAGAUUUUGAACUUCUUGUAGGGGUGAUAUUUAGCAUAGAAUGGACCAACAAGGAUGUGGCUAUCAUCCAGGAAUAUCUAUCACUGGUGAUCAACCUAGUGUCUGCACACCCUUUUUACCUACGGUCCUGUUUGAGGUCCCUAGUCAAGCAGUUAAUACCUAAGCAACCAAAACAGGCUAAGAGUGAACUAGAAAAAGAAAUCCUUGAUGGACAAAAGAGUGCAGACUUGGAGCAGAUGUUUAUUAAUAUUCACACGCUUAUAAAAAAUAUUGCUCAAAUUGUACCUAUGACUCCACAAGUAUUAAUGCCACUACUGGUUGAAUGUUUCCCUUAUAUGACUAAGGAUGCCUUUAUACAGGAAUGCUAUGUAGAAAAUCUGCUACGAAUCCCAACCUAUCUUCCUGUCUUGAGACCAAAGAUUUUGGAAUUGGUUGUUGAUAAGAUGCUGAAGUUUGAUGUAAGAUCACCAAGGGAUGAAAUCAUUGAAUUGGAAGAUAAUGAAGAAGCCAUGGACACAGAUGUUAUAUUUGAUAUGGAAGAUCUACCAUCCAUUUUGUCUGGCGGAAAGGAUACAAGUUCAACGCAAAAUGAGAUAUCUGCAAUGACCCACAAAGAAGCCAACAAAUUAGAUAUCCUGAUGCACCUUAUGUUUAGAUAUAUACAGAAUAUUUGUUAUCAAAAUGGUGAGCUUGAUUGGGAAGCCACAAAGAAGUUGUACCGAGAACUUCUACAGGUUUUUGACAGGGUUAUUAUAACCACUCACGCUUCAUGCCAUGUACAGUUCUUGAUGUUUUACAUGUGUAGUCUCAAACAGGCACUUUGUGACGGCUUUAUAGAUUAUCUGUGGAAGAAAGUUCAGAAUCCCAACACAGAGCCUGUGUUCAGGCAAGCUGCAGUAGCAUACAUAGCUAGCAUUAUGGCAAGAGGGAAGUUUGUGGCAAUAAGCACAGUGAUGGAUUGCCUCAAGUUGAUCUGUGACUGGGUGCACCAGUAUAUUGACCAGACUUCAGAUUCCAUCAGACAGGCAGAUGUCCAGCAUCAUGGGCCAUUUUACUCAGUAUGCCAAGCUGUCUUUUAUGUGUUUGUGUUCAGGCAUAAGGAAAUGCUGGAGUUAAAAAAAGGGUACAAAUUUGCAGAGAGUCUUAAUUUCCAAACCAUAGUCACUAGCAGAUUAAACCCACUACGUGUCUGUCUACCAGUAGUUGCCAAAACAUUUACCUCUGUUACAAGAAUGCAUCAGUUAGCUUUCUGUGAUACCAUCAUGGAGCGAAAUAACAGAUCACUGCUCCCUGUAGCUGCAUUGGGCUUGUAUGGACCAUCCAGGCUUACCCAUGUCAACCCGCUAGACUCAUUCUUUCCUUUUGAUCCAUAUUUAUUAAACAGAUCUGGACAGUAUGUAAUUCCUCUGUAUAGAGAGUAUGAGGACUCACCCCCAGAGGAAGAAGGAAGACCAGAACUUCAGUCUGAGGAAGAGGAUGAUUUUCUCCCCCAAGUGCAAUCCCCCAGUGAAUGUGUAGGAAGCCUGAGUAGGCAAGGGAAGGUCCCAGAUUUCCUACAUUAUGGAACCUCUCCAGGAUUUAAACACAUAGACCAUAUGAUUUAAAACUUUCAACCUCAUUUCUUGUCACACUGAGGUUUUAUGUCUACUUCUUUGAAAGUUGUAUGACUCUAAGGUUUGAAAUUCCUUAUAAUGUUAAUGUGAAGACUUAAUGAAAAUGUUAAUGUGUAGACUUAAAUGAAAGAAAAGGUGCAAGGUCAGUACAGUUUCUACAAAGAAUUUGACAACAAACAAUAUAUUUUAGAAGGAAUAACAUAAAAUUAAUUUAAUUGCAAUUGAAAUAAUGGUUAUUUAUAAUUUGGAAUGAAAUGACAUCUACUUUUGUUUCAUUUAAAUGUUUCUUUGUUUGUUACUGAUUUGUGUAAUAAUGCUUUGAGUUUGUUGUGACCAUGCAAUUAAAUACUAAUUAUACAAUUGCAUGGAUACAAAUAGCCUGGUCUCUCAUUGCUGCAAAGAAGCACUGUUCAAGUUUAAGAAGUCUUCAUUUUCCCAAUAAUAAAUGUAAAUGAAUAUGUGAUGACUUUGAACGAUAUAUGUCAAAAAUAAAAUUUGAGAAAAAGCUUGAUAAGAAAAACUGCAAAUUUGUUGCUUUCAAGUCACCUGAGAUAAAAAAAGCAGCAUACUCAUUUCAA